UCAAUCUCAAAAAGGAUUUACGAUGUGACGUCAAGAUAUUCAUACAUUCCAAGCCGCUUUCUACAACCCCUGCCCACUCAUUUGCUGAGAGCGUAUUAUCGGCUUACGUCCCGACCCGCCCACUCGGGACUUCUCUCAGCCAACCAACUCCGAGCAAGUGACCCGUACAAAAUGACGAAAGCCAACUUUGGGAUGACCGAAAACAUGUCCUAGUGGGGUAGUUUCAUUUUACUACUUUCACUUGCUAUUUACACUCAUGGAUUUGUCGUUGGAUAAUGGAACACUUAUCUUCCUUCUGAUUUGUUUUAUAUGAAAUGCCGGGAAAGUUUAAGUUUAUAACAAUCUGUAUGAGGCCCAAUCGAGAUAGUAGUACGAGGCGAUCUCGCUCGGUUUCCCCACACUUUUUUCGACCUCCGAAUUCGCCGAUCAAAACAAACUCAACGCCGUGUACGAAAUGCGCUGGCAAUGGAGCGGCGGCUGCUACGGCAUUCUCCUACGCCGAUGAGAAGCCGUCUGCUCCAAUAUCAGCUGGUGUGCACGCGAAAGUUCGUCAACCUCUGCGAUCCAUCGACAAAAUGGCGGCGCCCACAAGAGUCUUGCUUCUGGCUUGCGGGUCGUACAACCCGAUUACAAACAUGCAUUUGAGAAUGUUUGAGAUAGCCCGAGACUAUCUGCAUCAUACAGGCAAGUACCAGGUGAUUGGUGGAGUUCUAUCUCCUGUCAAUGAUGGAUAUAAAAAGCAGAGCCUAAUUUCAAGCAAGCAUCGUAUUGAGAUGUGUAAGAUGGCUGUAGAGAAUUCUGAUUGGCUGAAAGUAGACACAUGGGAGGCGGAGCAACCUAACUGGUUGACUACUGUCAAGGUUCUGACGCACUUUGAUAGCGAGCUCAAUAGCAACAAAGUGAACAACAAUCCUGAACCAGAGUUACCCCUCCUCCACACACCCCGAUGUAUGACCGUGCCCACUAGAAGAGGCACAAAACGAAGGCGGAACCUCCGGAAGAACGAGCCACCUGCUUCUAAUGACUUUUUGGUGGCCCUCAGAAAUGUAUCUUCUUUGGCCUGCUUUGGGGCCGGAAUGUUACCAAGUUAUGAGGAUACAGAGGUAGAUGAUGCGUACGGAGCUCCAAACCUCAAUACCAAUGCCAACCAAUUAGGCGUUGAGGUCAAGUUGCUAUGUGGGGCAGACCUCUUGGAAUCCUUUGCUGUACCAGAUCUAUGGGAUAAAGAGGAUUUGGAGACUAUUGUUGGGAAGCACGGUCUGGUGGUUAUCACAAGGAGCGGUUCUGAUCCAUACAAGUUCAUCUAUGAAUCAGACCUUUUGUUCAAAUAUUCAGACAACAUUCACAUAGUUACAGAGUGGAUCAGCAAUGAAAUCAGCUCGACUAAGAUAAGGACUGCCCUGAGAAGAGACAAGAGUGUCAAGUAUUUGAUCCCUGAACCCGUCGUCAAGUACGUCAAAGAAAAUGGACUCUACAAGGAGGCCCCCAUACAGGCAGAAAAAAACAAAUGAUUCAAUAGGACGACAUCCCUUGACUACUGCCCUCUUUGACUAGA